AUGUGGAAGAAGCUACUUGACUUACGACCGAUCGCGCUCCGUUUCAUCAGAACGAGACUUGGAAAUGGCCGGGAAGCAAGCUUCUGGUACGACGUCUGGACUCCCUUGGGCCAGCUCAUCACUCACAUUGGUACCGCGGGACCUAGAUGCAUGCGAGUCCGAAAGGAAGCGGUCGUUGCUGACACAAUCAGAGACUCGACCUGGGCCCUUCCUCACCCCAGAUCACAACAGGAAGUCGAUUUGCAUAUCCAUCUCACUUCCAUAACUUUGCCAUUAAAUGUUGAUGCUGUUGAUGAAUAUGAAUGGGUUGCUAGUGAUAUUUCUCUCCACACUUUCAGGUCUUCAGCAACCUGGGAAACGCUAAGGCCUAGAGAGGAAGUUAAAGAUUGGCUGGAUGUGGUAUGGUUUAAAGGGGCCAUCCCCAAGCUCAGCUUCACAAUGUGGAUAGCGAAUUAUGAUCGACUUCCUACUAGGUCCAGGCUUGCGGCUUGGGGAAUGCAAAUAUCACCCGCGUGUCCGUUCUGCUCCUGUCACGACGAAACCAGGGACCACCUUCUCUUAGCUUGCCGAUACAGUCAGGAUGUCUGGAGGGAAGUGUUCCACCGUUGUCUAUCUCCUACAGCAACGAUCACCAACUGGUCGGAAUUGCUGUCUUGGAUCAGAAGUGCCUCUUCCUGCAGCCUCAACCUCCUCAGGAAGCUAGCAACUCAAUCAGUCAUAUAUCACCUUUGGAAGCAGAGAAACAACCUUGUGCACAACCAGGAAUCCAUCACGCCCACAACUGUUUUCCGAGGCAUUGACAAAGAGAUAAAGAACAUCAUCUCAGCAAGAAGGCUGAGAAAGAGAUUUAGACACCUUAUGAGCAUGUGGCUGAGAUAA